AAAUGGUCGUCCAGUCUGCGGGGGGAAAAAAUGUGGAAAUUCUCUUAUCCAGUUAGUAUGAUGAGCACAAGUAAUUCUCUCUCACUCUCUCACACACAUGAAGUUGCGAGUCUGAGCUCCGCUUUGCAGCGCUGGGUCACAUGACGAGCUUCCCCGGGCCAGCUGGGAGGAGUGAGGGAGCCGAGCAGGACCAGCCCCGACCCCGGCAGGCGGCGGAGAGACGACAGCACGCAUCAGGGGGCGCCGUCAGCACAGCCAUGGGCUUCAAAACUCAGCAGCCGGCGGCCGCGGGGGUCUCCGGACGCCUGGCCCUGUCCGUGAUGGCGAGCCUGCUGGUUUCCCUCUGCCUGAGCCGGGCCGAAGACGCCGGCAUGGAGAACAUUGUCACGGAGAAACAGGCAGAGGAGAGCCACAGGCAGGACAGUGCCAACCUGCUGAUUUUCAUCAUGUUGCUCACCCUCACCAUCCUGACCAUCUGGCUUUUCAAACACCGCCGGUUCAGGUUCUUGCACGAAACUGGGCUGGCUAUGAUUUACGGUCUGCUGGUGGGCGUGGUGCUGAGGUAUGGGAUUCACGUGCCCAGAGACAUCAACAACAUGACUCUGAGCUGCCAUGUCAACGCCAGCCCGGCCACCCUGCUGGUCAACGUGAGCGGGAAGUUCUACGAGUACACGCUGAAGGGCGAGAUCAACGCCAACGAGGUCAGCAACGUGCAGGACAAUGAGAUGCUCCGAAAGGUGACCUUUGACCCUGAGGUGUUCUUCAACAUUCUGCUGCCACCUAUAAUCUUUCACGCAGGGUACAGUCUGAAAAGGAGACACUUCUUCAGAAACCUGGGGUCUAUCCUGGCUUAUGCCUUUAUUGGGACUGUCAUAUCCUGUUUUGUCAUAGGGUGA